AUGGCUCAGGGGCCGAUGUUCACGGCCAGGAGGCUCCUCGCCUACCCCAGGCCCGGUGGACCAGAACGCUACUUGCAAAUUGCCAAGCUCCACUCUCAGAUCAGCUUGCCAGCCAGGUUUGGGGGCUUGGGCAAGGGGCGGUGGAGAAACACUGUCCUGCCCAAAGUGGCCAGUGACAUCACGGUUCUGGUGCACCUGCGCCUCGUGACCGGAUGGCAUCGUGCACAGCUCGGGGACAGCCAAGUUCGGCGUAAAUCAUGCUUAAGGCCCAAACGCCGAAGAGAGCUGCCCGUAAACCCAACUGCCAGCAACAAGCCCCUAAUAUCAAUCCUGCUGCCUUCCCCAAACUGGAAUGGAGGUGACAAAACCACUCUGAACACCAUCAACCCGUUGCCCACAUCUGCAUCCUUCCUCCUCUGCCCCCGGGCCUCCCUAAGCCUGGAGUGUUGCCAAGACUCUGUUCCUAAGCCUCCUCCUCCAGGAGCCUUUCCCUGUUGUCCCAACUUCUUGAUCCUGCAUUGGCGGGGCCGCCUGUCAGUCGCGGCCGGCGCGGCGGGAGCUGCCCGCCCGUGCCAGGCGCCCUGCCAGCCCCGUGCCCCCCGGUGGAGGCGGAGGAGGAGGAGGUUGGGGAGCCGCGGCGGGAUGGAGGCGGAGGACGGGCCCAGCCUGCCCAAGCUGUACCGGCAGCGCAGCCCGUUCAGCCUUCUCAGGAGCUUCCCGCACCGGAGAGCCGCGCCCGGGCCCCGCUUCGACCGGGCCCAGCCCUUCCCGCCGCCCUUCCCGCCCGGCCGCGUCGCUCCCACCCCGUGCCCCGGCCUCCCGAGGACCGUCGGCUCCUCCGGAUCCUCCGCAAGGGGCGGCCCCAGCCCGGAGGGCACCGGCGCGGGCACCGGAGCGGGCACCGGCGCGGACACCGGCGGGCUGGAGCUCAGCGCAGAGAGCCGCAUGAUCCUAGAUGCCUUUGCCCAGCAGUGCAGCCGGGUUCUCAGCCUUCUGAAUUGCGGGGGGAAACUCCUGGAUAGUGGUCACUCCCCAGCCACAAUUUCAUGCGUGAAGCAGGAAGGCGUGAGUUUCAGCGAGAGGCGAGACCAGUGUCACAUCGGAAAAGGGGUCUCUGGCCAGCCGGUGGACAGCGGAGACCCCGAGGCACGAUACAGGCAAAGGAAACAGCAGACGUCAGCCUUCCUGCGGGUGUUCACUGACUCCCUGCAGAGCUACCUGCUUUCCGGGAGCUUCCCAUCCCAGAAGCCCUCGUCCAUCAGUGACUCCGGCCCCCUGGCCGACGGGGACCCUCUGUCGGCCUCCCCUUCCCACACGUUUGGCGGCUGGGCGUCCCCGGCCACAUCUGAGUCUCACGGUCACCCGUCAUCCUCGACGCUCCCAGAAGAGGAAGAGGAGGAGGAGGAGGAGGAAGAUGAGGAGGAAGGGUACUGUCCUCGGUGUCAAGAACUUGAACAGGAGGUAAUCUCCCUCCAGCAGGAAAACGAGGAGCUGCGGAGGAAACUGGAGAGUAUGCCAGUGCCCUGCCAGACGGUUUUAGAUUACUUGAAGACGGUUCUUCAACACCACAACCAGCUAACGGGGCCCCAGCCAGCAGACCAACCGACAGAGGGGAGCAAGCAACUGCUGAGCAACUAUCCAGUCUACAUCACCAGCAAGCAGUGGGACGAGGCCGUGAACUCCUCCAAGAAAGACGGGCGGCGGCUCCUGCGCUACCUCAUCCGGUUCGUCUUCAGCACGGAUGAGCUUAAGUACUCAUGCGGCCUCGGGAAAAGGAAAAGGUCAGUGCAGUCGGGAGAGACGGGUCCUGAAAGACGCCCUCUGGAUCCAGUUAAAGUAACAUGUCUCAGAGAGUUCAUCAGGAUGCACUGCACCUCCAACCCGGACUGGUGGAUGCCUUCCGAGGAGCAGAUCAAUAAGGUAUUCAGUGACGCGGUGGGACACGCCCGCCAGGGCCGGGCCGUGGGGACUUUCCUGCACAACGGUCACUCGUACUUCGAGGGGAUGGAGCCCCGGCCCCCCCCCGGACGAUGGCGUCUUUGGUGGCGGCUCCCGCGGUGGUGGCUCUGGGGACUGACCAGAACCGAAGCCGAUCCAUUCGAUCCAGCGGGCACGGCUGGCCAGUGGCCGGUUGCAUAGUCAGUAGUGGGAGACGCACUGUUUGCUCGUCGACUGCUGUCAGUUCCCAGAGUCUGGAGCUCUUCGCCUCCAUCAUACUUCUGAACACCACCCACCCCCGUCGCCUUCUCUUUCCCUUCCCUCCUGCCAUGGUCUCCCCCACUGCUUUCUCUCUCCCCCUGCCCUUCCUGCCACGGUCUCUCACCCAAGCAUCCUUGUACCGACGUCUGGAGGGGAAUUUCUUGGUGCCUGUUUCCAACUUUCUGCUAAGUCCUUUACAGAAAACCACAUUGGAUUCUAAGGGCUUGUAUGACAGGGUGGAGAAAUCUGAUAAGUCACGGGAAUCUUUCUGAAAAUCUUUCCCAGUGAGCCAGCCAGUCAGCCCACCAACCUCGGGCCAGCUUGUGGGAGAAGAGUGGGGCCAUCUUUGGGGAUGGCCAGGGGAGAAUCAGGCAGACCCCAGCCAUGUCCCUGGUUCCUCCGGUUCAGCUGGUUCCCUGGGCCUGGCCAGCUGUGGGCGGAGGGCCUGGGACGGAGGGCUGUCCGGUUUACUAUGCAACAGGCUCCCCGACAGUCCCCUAAACGAGGCCCUCUCUGCAUGCCCUCUGCUCUUUCCUGAAGGGGGGCACUGGCCAGGGCAGGGAGGGCAGCGGGGCCAUCUCCCCACCGUGGGUGGGGCAACUGGGAGGUGCCAUCUGACCCUGGGCGCCAGGGUGGGGACUGGCAGGGGUGGUCGGCACCCUCAUUUCCCGGGGCCGAUCACCACAG